AUGUCCAUCCGAGAUGUAUUACCACCAAAGAAUCUAACAGUGGUAGCCAUAGGAACUACACGUGCUAGACUUAUUUGGAUUUACAUUGGUUCUAAAAGUAAAGUGCGUCGAUUUGAAGUAACUUAUGAAUGGUUAUUGGCCCCGACGGGUAAAUAUAGUGUCACCUACGGUAUUGAUGUAUAUAGUAGACAGGUAACCCUCAAAGGGUUAAUACCAUUCCAAUCCUACCAAGUCUUCAUGGUGUCUAUAGAUCGUGAAGGUACUACUACCAAUACCAGUAACCUCGUCGAGUUCACCACCAGAGGAGAGAUGAAUAAUGAAAGUUUUGUACUGAUGGUAUUAAGAGAUUACAAUGUUGAUAAGAAUGUACAGAGUAAAGACGGUUUCCAAGCCAAGUAUAAUAGAUUCAUUGUGACACUACUUUAUGCUAACCAGAGUCAAUACUUUGUCAAGGCCGAUGAUCGAGCGUACGUUCCAAUUAAGCAUACCCUCCACAUAGAGGAAGUAAUAAUAAUAUCGUUAAUUGUUAUAUUCUGGUUUGUGACGGUGGUUGUAUUCUGGCGACGGUGGGACUCCAUCCGAAUUCUUCAACCAAUGGAGCCACGCUUUAAACACAACCCGAAAAAUUUGGACACUAUCAAAGUAGUGAAGAGAGCUCAGGAUAGCGUUAUAUACAAAACAUACAGUCGGAAGUUAUCACUGACUAUGGUAGCCCGCGAAAAGCACCGUUUGCAGCGAAUGCACACGGCACCAGUUUUACCCACAAUCCACAUGGAGGAUGUGACGACUGAAAUGUGA